AUGGCUGACAACACCCCAACUGCUCCGUCAACAGGCCACGGUCGUGGUGGUGGCCGCCGUCGUGGCCGCGGAGGCGCCCCUCCCUCUGGCCGUUCAGAUGAGCCGCGUAACGCUGGCGAUGGACCAGGUCGAGGAGGCAGGUCCCGCGGUCGCGGAGGUCGAGGCUCUGGUGGACGUGAUAAGCAACGGAGCCAGGAUGAACCCGAAGCCACCGAGACACAACCCACAAAGACUGUUGCGACUGUAGGGACAAAAGAGGUCCCCGCCGCUACCGAUGAUGCCGACGAUGGAGAGAUCUGCUUCAUUUGUGCGUCGACCGUUGAACAUACCUCCGUGUCGCCUUGCAAUCACCGGACGUGUCAUAUUUGUGCGCUCCGCUUGCGCGCACUUUACAAGAACAAGGGUUGCGCUCAUUGUCGAACCGAGUCCGCCUUUGUCAUUUUCACCGAUGACCCCGUUCGACGAUUUGAGGACUUUGAGAAGAAAGAUUUCGCUCGAACCGAUGAUAAUUUGGGAAUCCACUAUGAGAAGGACGAAAUCUUUGAAGACACGGUGUUGCUGCUUCGAUACAACUGCCCUGAUGAAGACUGUGAUGUCGCUUGCCUUGGAUGGCCGGACUUGCAUCGCCACGUGAAGAGCAAGCAUGGCAAAGUGAUGUGUGACCUUUGCACACGGAACAAAAAGGUGUUCACUCACGAGCACACUCUCUUCACCAUGGCCGAGUUGCGAAAACACGAGAAACAUGGCGACCACAAACCUGGUGCUAUCGACCAAAGCGGCUUCAAAGGCCACCCCGAGUGUGGUUUCUGUCGGCAACGAUUCUAUGGCGAUGACGAGUUGUACGCCCAUUGUCGUGACAAACACGAAAGAUGCCAUAUUUGCGAUCGCCGUGCCUCCCAUCGUCAGCAGCAAUACUAUAUUGACUACAAUGCUCUGGAGGGCCACUUCCAAAAAGACCAUUUCCUUUGCCUUGACCAGGAAUGCUUGGACAAGAAGUUUGUGGUAUUCGAGUCACAGAUGGACCUAAAGGCCCACCAGAUUGAGGCACACCCGAAUGGAGUUUCCAAAGAUGUGCGUCGGGAUGCUCGGAUUGUCGAUCUUGCCGAGUUCGAUAUUCGAAGCCCAUAUCAGCCACAGCAGCGUCAGCGCCGCGGUGCUGGUCGUGGUCGGGAUCCCAACGCGGAGCCUCUGCCUGUCUCUAGCGCACAACCUCUCGGGCGUGCCGAGCAGGCCUUCCAAAGACAGCAAGCAAUUCAGAGCUCUCAGUCUGUUACUACUCGUAGUUUCGGCGGACAGCUUAGUCGCAAUGAGACCCAGACAGUCCAGGCACCCGCUCGGUCAGCAGCGGGUACCCCGAACCCUGCAGCUCGUCCACGACCCCCACCUACUGCAGAGCUGGAGAGUCUUAGUCUUGCGGCGACAUCCGCAACCCUGAGCCCGCAAGAUCAAGCUCGGCGUCUGCGCCAUACCGCCGUGGUGGAGCGGGCGUCAAAUCUACUCCACAAUGAUGCUAACAAGCUUGCUGAGUUCCGAACGAGAGUGUCCAGCUAUCGAACUUCGUCCAUUGGUGCGACGGAGCUUAUUGAUGCAUUCUUUUCUCUGUUCGAUACCUCUAGCUCGGAGCUAGGCAAACUCAUCAAGGAGCUUGCCGAUAUUUAUGAAGAUGAGAGCAAGCGAACCAGUCUUCUUCAAGCUUGGAACGAUUGGCGCGCCAUAAACGAGGACUACCCUGCUCUCCCAGGCCCGGGCGGUCUUCUGCCUGGUAUGUCUCCUGCCACAGUGAGCACCGGCGGCAGCCGUGUCUUGCGGCUGAAGUCAUCUACCGCUCAAUCGUCUCGCUCUGCCGUUGGUAGAAGCGGUGCCAUCUCCUCAUCCUCCGCCAAUCCCUUCCCCCCUCUCUCUGCAGCUGUCGGUAGCUCAUCUCGCCGCAACAAUGCUGCCACUUCCACUCCCUGGGCCGCUGCCGCCCCUCCACCCUCCAUUAGUCGCCCGUCAUACUCAACCCCUCCCAGUCGUGCCUCCCCGGCGAUGUCUGCUAGUUCCUCGCGCCCCGCUGCUGGUGUAGACGCGUUCCCUGCUCUCCCCGCGGCCGCCAAGCCAAACGUCAUGAUGCCAGGAAAGACUCGUGGUUACAUCCGGUGGGACGAGCGUAAGGGUCCUGCUGCGAAUGCUUGGGGGUCAAAUCCGUCUUCUGGCCUUGCGUCUCCAGCAGAGCCAGCAGAUGAUUUCGAUGACGAGCCUAGCGAUGGGAAAAGGGGAAAAAGAAGAAGGGCAAGCAGACCCUCUUCCACUUUGGUUGAUUGGUUGUGA